AUGUUGGUCCAGCUGCCGUCGGCCAAAGCCGCCGCGAUCGACGCCCGCCUGCGGUCGCUCAUCGUGGAAGUCACCGAGAGUUCGCCCGAGACACGCCUCAUUGACGCCUACCAUGCCGGGUACAAGCUCGCGCGCGAGUCGCCAACGUCAAGAGUGCUCUCUCGCAAGAACGCGACGUCUGCGUACCGGGACUUUAUGGUCAUCAGCGAUGCCGGCAUGAGCCUCGACGACUACAUCGAGCUCGUCUACGUCGAAACGGAGGCCGACUUUCGUCUCCAGCAGACGCUGUUUUACGGUGAAAACAUGUUGGACGCGCGCGUCCUCAAUGUCACGAAAGAGCGAACGCCAGAGGAUCCAUUCUUGCACUUUGGCGUCCGCUACAAGAAGAUGAGUAUGCCACUCAACGGUGUCUUUGAGCCCCGCGACACGACGUACAUUGAGGUACGUCGCACUCCUUUCUCUCCUAUCCUAUCUCUCUCCUACCUUUAUCGCGACGCCAUCUCUGUGUUUAGUCGCGGCCACCGCGGCGUCUACUGUGUGCGCGAGUCGAUGGAUUUCGAUGAAGUGCCGCCCUUUGACGACGCGACACGCUUCUACAUCAAGGCCAUCAUGGUGUACACCGAGGCGGCGGACGGUAGCGUCGAGUCGGUCCAGUUGCUCCAAGCCAACCCGCUCGGCAACAUGCCUGCGCUCGUCUUCAACAAGACAGCGAUGAACUACAGCCACAUUAGCGACGACAAUGCGCGCUACUUGCAGCAGAAGCGCCUUCUCGAGCACGUGGCCGCGACCAAGCCCGUCUCGCUCCCGCGAAAAUCCGGCGCGUGCUCGUCGUGCGCCGCGUCGUUCCGCGGUCUCCGCGCCCGCCACGAGUGCUGGGGCUGCCGAGACAGCAUGUGUGGCAAGUGUGUCGUGACGAUCCCACGCGUCCUCACGUUGCCCGACGGCAACAUGAAGGCAACCCCCGAAGAGUUUUGCAAACGCUGCUUUCUCCAGGCGCGGACGUACCGGUCGUCCACUAGUGCGGCCUCUCAGCGCCCGCCGUCCGACAGCGCAGCCCGCGACUCGCACGAGACGCAGCCGUCGAGCGAGAAUGAGAGUCAAGAGACGUCCGAUGAUAUGGGCGACGACAGCAGCGACGAAGAGCGCGCGCUAAUAGCGACGCGCGAUGCAGAGAUGGGUGCGCAGCUGACACGACUCCAGCUUGGCAUCGAGACCCAGCGGCAAAUGGUCGAGAAAAUGCGAGAGCGGCUUGCCGCCCACAGCGCCGUCGAGUAA